UAUGACAACAACAACAACAAAACCUAAAGGAUUUUCAAAUUAUUAUUCAUUAAAUAGUAAUGAAUAUAAUAGCAUCGAGGCAGAUGCUAUGUGUUGCUAUAAUUCUAACAUAGAACCUCAAGGUUAUGAAGAUGAAGGUCCACCGUCCUCUGGGACAACGCAAAGGCAAGAACAAGAAAGGAAUCUAGCUCAAUUAGCCGCUUAA